GGUCGGUCGAGCGGGAUACGACUCCAUACGUAUAUAGCGAUAUAGCGCAUUCUGGCAGAUCGGGUUCGUGCAGCGAUCUGCCAUCAGCCAUCAGUGCCUCCAUCCUCCUUCUCGCGGACAAUCGAUCGGUGUUCCUGGCUCCGUUUGUCGUUUGUCGGCUCGGGUCUUUAAUUGCGUCACUAAUGAGCUGCAUUUAUGUUAAUCUCUGCACCCGGGACGUCUAAGCAUUUCAAGCGACACUCAGGGAUCCAAGAUCCAGCGAUCGAGCGAUCCAGCAUUCGGCACUUCUUCUCUUCUUUUCUUUUAAUUUUUGGUAGUUUUCACCUGCUGAGCCGUUUAUGGUUAUUGCCGCAAUUCCGUUGUGACAGUCGGAGGCGCUUUAUCAUAAAUUAAAAAAUCGUGUAGUCGGACAGAGCCCGGACCCCGGGACACCCGGCCCGUCCCGCGGCCCAACUGAUGGAUGAUGGUGCCGCCGCUGAUGCCAGUUUCGGCUCUGAGUUAUGGCCGGGCCAAGGCGGAGAUUUGCAUGAAUGAAACGCACGCGCUGAUAAACGAGCUGCUGGCCACAACAGCACCAUCAGUGCCGGCCCCAGCCCCAGCCCCGGCUCCAGUCGCAGUCCCACUCCCAGUCCCAGCAUCAUCUCGAAAACUGUUUUGUGAUCCGAUCUUGGUGCUCUCGCGAUGACUUAAUUGAAACGCCGCUGGCAGAAGCAGAAGGUGUUAAUUAGCAUAUGAACAACUGGACAAAAAAGACGGCGGUCUUGUGUAUUUUGUGUUUCGAUUUUCGGCUUUCGGCUUUCGGACUCCGAUUCGGUAUUGGUCAUUGGCUGGUCCUCCUCCUAAUACAAGUGUGUAUUUGUGUAGUAUUAUUGACUGCUGCCGUCUGCGUUUUCGGAUCAUUAAUAACAACCAGACAUUGAGGCAUUGGCUUACAUCCCAUAGAAGUUCUGUAUCCGCUCGGUUUCCUAUGGCAGUGGAGCCAUAGGAAAGGGUCGCGUCGCUCGAAUAACAGCCGCAUCAGCGAACGGGACUCCCGCCUCUCAGUGCGAAUGGGAUAUGAUGAUAGUGGCAAUUGUUGCGCCUGUAUUCGUGUUGUGUGCCGCCUCGGAUCUGCAUCGUCAUGUGGAAAACACAUAACAAGCUCUUAAUCUACAUACUCUGGAUUAUGGAAAUAAGAUUAGUGUCCAGCUUUACAUCCGCCAUGCUCUGCGGCCGCAUACCGGGCCUGACCUUGCCGCAGCGCCAGCUGUGCGGGGAGAUGCCGGACGCCCUGAUCGCCCUGGGCGAGGGCCAUCAGCUGGGGGCCCAGGAGUGCCAGCAGCAGUUUCGAGGCCACCGCUGGAACUGCUCGGAGGUGUGGCAGCGCAACGUCUUCGCCCAUGUCAUACCCAUAGCAUCGCGGGAGGCCGCGUUUACGUAUGCCAUAGCUAGCGCUGGGGCCGCCUAUGCAGUCACCGCUGCCUGUGCCCGCGGCAACAUCUCCACCUGCGGCUGCGAUGUGCGCCACAAAGCUAGCCCCUCCUCCGAUGGUGCUCCGGCAGAGCCCUGGAAAUGGGGCGGCUGUUCUGCGGAUGUGGACUUUGGCAUGCGAUAUGCGCGCAAGUUCCUCGAUGCCCGAGAGCUGGAGCGCGACUCCCGCACGCUGAUGAAUCUCCACAACAAUCGAGCCGGGCGAACGCUGGUGAAGAAACUGCUUCGCACGGACUGCAAGUGCCAUGGCGUGAGCGGGUCCUGCGUGAUGAAGACCUGCUGGAAGAGCCUGCCACCGUUCCGCCUGAUCGGCGACAAGCUCAUGCAGAAAUAUCAUAAAGCCAAAACUGUUCAAGCCGUUCGAGGCAAACGUGGACUGAGAUUAGUAAUAAGCAGAAAAAAGCAUGGCAGUGCCGGAGCCCGCCCACCGAAGCCUGCUUUGGUAUGGCCAAAGCGCAUGGAGCUGAUCUACCUGGAGGCGUCGCCUAACUACUGCGAGCGCAGCCUCCAGUCGGGCACGCUUGGCACGGCGGGUCGUCUCUGCCAUCGGAAUGAACGCGGACCCCAGAGCUGUGACCUGUUGUGCUGCGGGCGUGGCCAUAACACGCAGCACAUCCGACGCAGCAAGCAGUGCCGCUGUCAGUUCCGAUGGUGCUGCCAGGUGGAGUGCGAGCUGUGCGACGAGAGCUACGAGGAGUUCACCUGUAAAUAGUGGCGGACCCGCCCCAAUCCACAAGUUGACAUAUAACCCUCAAUGUUGAUAGGCUUAGAAAUAGGAUUAUUGCAUAACUAAAGCUAAAGUUAAUUAAGUAUUAUCAGAAAUGUAUUACACUCAGACAAGACAAGAAAAGAACACAUUCCAGUUUACAAUAAAACCAUUGAAGAUCUACCUAUAAUCCCCGAGACUACGGGCAGAUCGGUAGAGAAUGGCCAUUAAUAA